UAAAUACCAACACUCGAGCUUCAAUGCCAACACAAGUUUUAAAACUCCCCUCAUCAGAGAGAAAAUCAUAAGAAAUGGCUGCUCUUUCUUCAAAACCUAAUCACAUUCGAUCAGUCAGUUUUCCUGGCAGAUCACACCCAACCACCCAGAGAGUUGAAGAGGAGCUAAACAAGCUCAAAUCUUUGGAAGUAUCAGUUGCACCAGCAGCUGUGAGCAAUGGUCUACUUGGUCUGGAGAAAUUAUACAAGUGCAUUGAUGAUCUUUUCAACUUACCUCAAACCCUUCAAGCCCUCUCCCAGAAUCUACAUGCAAAAUGGCUUGACGAUUUAUUGGAUAAAUCAGUGAGGCUUCUUGACCUUUGUGGCACAAUAAGGGAACUUGUCUCACAAUGUAAAGAAAAUGUAAGAGAUCUUCAAUCCUCCCUCAGAAGGAGAAAAGGAGAUUCAACUACAGAUGACAGCGUUGAAAGAUUUACCUCUUUCAUCAAGAAGAUCAAGACGGAUGCCAAAAGAUUAAUCUCCACUUUGAAGCAAAUGGAUCAAGUGACUGCAGUAUCGGUCUUGCUAGAUGCAGAUCAAGAUGCAUUACCUGCGAUUAGAGCAAUAAAAGAAGCUAAUGCAGCAUGUCUUUCAACUUUCCAAAUGCUCUUGUCCUUCUUGUGUGUGCCACUUUUGAAGCCUAAGCUAUCUAAAUGGUCACUGCUUUCAAGAUUGGUAAACAAAGAAAGAAUAGUUCCACUAGUCCUAGAAGAAAACAUGAGCUUAGAUGCCAAGCUUGAAAACUUUGAGGCUUAUCUUGUCAGCUUCGAAGAUGGAUUGGAAGCAACAUUUAGAUGCCUGAUUAGAUGUAGAAGCUCACUACUGAAUGUUUUAUCCUGCUAAUGUGGCAGUUGAUAUUCCAUAUACUUUAAAUUGUAUAUACACAGUUUUGUAGUUAUGUAGAAAUAUACAAUCUUCAGGUGAUUGAGUAUACAUCAAUUUUGUGUCUUUUUCUCUAUCUAUAUCUAUAUAGUAGUACAUAUGGAGUGUGCAUGAAUACUGCCAUAAACUGUGUUAGUAGGACUAUAAUUCAAAUACCUGAAUAAGAGUCCAAUUUAUCAUGUUACGCAUAGAGUUUUAGUGUAUAGAAAGAGUUUCUGCAGUAUUUGUCAAAAUCUGAUGUCAGGUUAAGUUUUAUCCCCAAAAUAGUUUUAACCUGCAGUGAACAAACUAACACAAGUCUCACAACAAAUGCACUGCCAGGAUGAUAAAACCGGAGAUAUUACUCUACCUAUGAUACUAGAUAUGUUGAUGGAACAGAAAGAAAAUACUCCCUCCCUUUCAAUUUGUUUGUCUGGUUUUGACUUGACACUGAGUUUAAGAAAGUAUUGCCCAAGACUAUAUAGGGAUACAACAGUUUGUUCUCUCAACCAAUGUGGAACACUU